AAAUUAACAAGUUAUGAUUGAUUUUCCAUGUACAGUACAUUCCUUUAUAUGGGGAACUUGGCCCCGACCGAGGUAGCCGCCACGUAGACAUGUGGCUAGCAUAGUUGCGACAGCCCGCUGGUGUAUCUAGUCUUCUGCAUACCUGUAUAUCUAUGGAGCCGUUGCUGUCACCGCCUUUACGGGUAACACGGUGAUUGAAAAGAAGCACCUACAGGAAGACAAGGAGAAGAGGAGCAUGAUGAUGAUGGAGGUGAUGGAGCCACCACCAGGUGUUGUUGGCAUAACAGAGGAGAAGAUGGAGAACGAAGUGAACAGCCACUGUGACCACACCACCAGUAAUGACAUCACUUCCUGUAUGGACAAAGCCACCACAAAAGUCACAAUGGAAACAGAACAGAGCUGCGCAGCACCACAGAAGAGCACACAUGUGGUUGUCUACAGCGACAACAAGAACCCGGCCAGUGAGAAGCUGCAGAUGGUCCGCAAGUGGAGCAUCAACACCUACAAGUGCACCAGGCAGGCUCUGUCGGAGAAACUGGGCCGAGGAUCUCACACCGUGGACCUGGGCCUGAAUCCCCGCUUGGAGCUGCUCAAAGACGACCGUCAGCGCUACAAUCACGUCACCCAGCUGGCGCAGACUCUGGCCAGUCAGCUGGCUCAGCUCACCACCACCCAGAAGACGUUGGGGAACGCCUUUGCUGAACUGAGCCUCAAAACACCCUCGCUACAUGUGGAGUUUGGCAUCAAUGCAGAGGCUCAGAAGUUUCUGUCCAAAGACGGCGAGACUCUGGUAGCCGCUUUCAACUCCUUCACAUCUGACAUGCAUACGCUGGUCAACAAGACCAUCGAGGACACCAUGAGAAAUGCCAAGCAGUACGAGGCCAUCAGGAUCCAGUAUGACGCGUACCGGGUGGACUUGGAGGAGCUCAACCUGGGCCCACGUGACACCACCACCCUUCCCAAACUGGAAAAGGCCCAGAAGGACUUCCAGAGCCAGAGGGAGCGCUACGAGCAGAUCAGGGACGACCUGACUGUCAAGCUUAAGCUGCUGGAUGAAAACAAGGUGAAAGUGUUGCACAACAACUUGUGGCUGCUCCACAGCGCCGUGGCCGCUCACGCUUCAUUGUGUGACAAAUUCCUGCAGCAAAACAUACAGCAGGCUGGCGAGCGUCUCGCCAACCCCAGCGUGGACGCCCCCUCUUGGGUGGAGGAGUCCUGACACGCUGUUUGGAGCGGUUGAUCCGCGGUUAGUUCGGUAGGAUGUAAUGUUUAUUUAUAGCUGACUUAAUUUACAGUACCUGUUGUGGAAAGUUCUGCCAAAGUGAUUGAGAAAAUGGAAAAUAUGUUGAUUAUGUUGUCAUCACGGUACCAGAGGGAAGUAUGGUACCGUACAGGGUCUAAUUAUAGCCACUGUGCAUUUUUUUACCCAAAGUGCAAAAGGAUGGGGUGUUAAUUGGAAGCAGGCGAUGGAGGGAGAGGCUGCUUGAAAACUAAUUUUAUACAUAACAAGUUUGUUUUUGUACAUUAAAAAAUGACUUGGAGUGCAUGAGAAAGGGAAAAUGUUGCUCUGUUAGACCACAUGGUCAUUUUAUGAUCAACUAUAUUGAUUGCACUUUACAGCGGCAACAGAAGCCAUUUUGUGGAAGCGGUGAGGAGAUAACUGCUAAGUUAGCAUUCAUAGCGCUGAUGAGUUCAUUGAAAAGUGUGCAACACAUGACUUUCACACCAACAUUUUAAAGUGCAUGCAGAGAUAAAUAAAGCUGUUGGAUGCUGACCACAAAUGAUACUUGAAAAGAAGCAAGCACCAUUUUGUGGAGUUGAUACAAAAAAAAAAAAUACACCAAAAAGUUGCCUCCAGCCACAGCUGUUAAUGCUAAUGUUACUUUAUUUAAAAAAUGUUUAACCUAUUUAAAUAUUGAUUGGGGUUACUUGCUUUUUUAGCCCACACACCCGGUGACUAUUGGGAGACUUGCCGUUUAAUGUGACAGAAGUAUUUAGGGUGUGUGAAUACUAUUAAUUAUAAUUAAUUAUAGAAGUUCUAUGGGAUCACAUGGUAAUUAUAUUGUGUUCUUCUGCUUUUAAAUCAACUUUAUUUGUGCCUCCCCUCACUCCUUGAAGCGUUACAGAGGUCUCCAACAAAUAUGUCUUCAUUGGCAAGAGGCAAUAAACCAUAUUUGUGUGCAAUAAUGUCCCCAAAAAAGAUAUUUUAAGGGAACUAAUCUAACAUUCCAACUUUAAAUUAUGACCAAAACAAUUAUGUUCUUCUUUUUCUUCUUUUUUUUUUUUACUGGACAAAUUGUUUUACUUCCUUUUGUUUGUUGUUUCCCAUUUUACACCGCAGCCAAGAGUACAUGCAUUGUGUUUUAAUGCCAUAUUUGACUUUUGAAGGAUUUCUUACUGUAAAAGUAUGUUUAAUGUUUAAGAGACUGAACGUCAGUUACUGUCAAACAUUUAGGAGGUUUAGUCAAGUCCUCGCAGGCUGGCUGCUCUUUAACUAUUUGAAUGUGUCUUUACGGGAAGUGAUGAAAUGGAGUUUGCUGUUGUUGGUGUCUUUUAAAAAUAAAUAAACCAUGGCAGAAUAUACGGAUAAAUAUUAU